AUUCAAACAAUCCUCGCUGACACAGUCACCAUCUUCUGUGAAGUCAGACUAGCAGUCUGUAGAUGUCUGAUAAAUGGCGUUGUUCAUCCCUGAUAUGGCUGGUCAUCUGUUUCUGGUCAUCCUCCUUUUCGACACUUUCCAAUACAUUAAAGCCCAAGGUCAAUACCAAGGUCAUUAUCCAAAACCAGACAUUACAAUCAAAUUUGAUGAGGACUUCAACAUCAUCUGUUUGAUUCCUGGAUCAGUCAGUCCUGACACCACCUGUAACCUGUAUGUUGGAGAGGAGAGUCAGCCAUCCUUCACAGCAAAGAUCAAGAAGAGAAAAGCCACCUCAGCAUCCGGACAACAGUUCUGUCAUUUCAUUGCAAAAUAUAGUGAUCUGAUCAGUCGUCUUCAGUCAUUGAGGAGUAAGGAGGUGAGCUGUGACUACAGAGUGAGCUCAGGACCAAACUCUCUCUCCUCACGCAGUGAUGGGCACAGCUUUACAGAAACCGUACUUGUCAAUAUGACUCCUCAUUCUAUUGGAUCAACCGCUCCACUCAUCACAACCUCUGAGAACUCUACAGGAAACACCACUGACCUCACACUGACUCCAAUGGGGAAAGAGCCACUUGAUUUCCUGUGGCGUCACAUCCUCACUGUGUUGGUCCUACUGGCUACUUGUGGAGUAAUUAUACACUAUUUCAUCUCCCAUCAAUGUCCAAAAGCUGUUCCAAAGAGAAGCAGGAGGGUGGACCAGAGCAAUGAAGACUUUUCGUUGACAGUGUGCUAAAUCACUGUGCAUACCUACAAACAUACAGGCACGCACGCACACACGCGCCACACACAAUUAUAUUUUUACAUUUAAAAAAAAAAACUUUUACGCUUUAUGCAUCUUUGAGAUUUGUCAUUUUUCUUUUGAAAUUGAGGGCAUGAUAGCGUUGCUAGGCAAGUUGAAAACUUAAUGUACAUAGUGUACAUACAUACAUUGACUGUACAAAACAUUAAGAACACCCUCCCCCCAGUAUGAAGUAAGUUACUAACUAGUGUUAGGGGCAUGGACUCUACAAGGUGUUGAAAGCGUUCCACAGGGAUGCUGACUCCAAGGUUUCCCACAGUUGUUUCAAGUUGGAUGGAUUUCCUUUGGGUCGUGGACCAUUUUUAUACACACAGGAAACUGUUGAGAGUGAAAAACCCAGCAGCGCUGCAGUUCUUGACACAAACAGGUGUGCCUGUCACCUACUACCAUACUCCGCUCAAAGGCAAGUAAAUGUUCUGUCUUUCCCAAUCAAUGUCUCAAUUGUCUCAAGGCUUAAAAAUCCUCUCCUCCCCUUCAUCCAUAAUGCUAGAAGUGGAUUUAACAAGUGACAUCAAUAAGGGAUCAUAGCUUUCACCUGAAUUCACCUGGUCAUUCUAUGUCAUGGCUAGAGUAGGUGUUCAUAAUGUUUUGUUUUGUACACUCUGUGUAUAUACAGACACAAACACGUUCGGAUGACUGACGUGCACAAAGUAAACUGCCGGUUACUUAGAGCCAGAAGCUAGGAAAUGCAUAUAUUGGUAGAAAACACUGACGUUUCUAAAACUGUUAAAAUGAUGUCUGUGAGUAUAACAGAACUGAUAUGGCAGAUUUUUUUUUGAGGUCACAGGCCAUUUCAAUGCUAGCCUAUGGGAUACACAAAUAGAUAGGACCCAGAUGGCAAUUCCUAUGGCUUCCAAUAGAUGUCAACAGUCUUUAGAAAUGGUUUCAGGCUUGUUUUUUGAAAAAUGAGCAAGUGGUUGUACUUUUUCCAAGAUGUCUUGUUGGCACGUGAAUGGGGUGCGCGCUCUUCGUUUUUUAUCUUCCCUAUUGAACAUACAAUUCUCUGUCUUAAAUAUUACAGUUUAUUCAUCAGACCAGAGGACAUUUCUCCAAAAAGUAUGAUCUUUGUCCCCAUGUGCAGUUGCAAAACGUAGUCUGGCUUUUUUCAUGGCGGAUUUUGAGCAGUGGCUUCUUCCUUGCUGAGC